UCCAUGAUUCAUUGUAGGUGAGACUGGCCUUGGCAAAUCAACGUUAAUGGACACCUUGUUCAAUACAGAGUUUGAGAAUGUACAAGCAACCCACACACUGCCUGGUGUAGAACUUAAGGCUAAUACAUAUGAGCUGCAAGAAUCUAAUGUAAGACUGAAGCUUACCAUAGUGAAUACUGUUGGAUUCGGUGACCAGAUCAACAAAGAUGAAAGUUACAAGUCCAUUGUUGAGUACAUUGAUAGUCAGUUUGAGAACUAUCUCCAGGAAGAGCUGAAGAUCAAGAGAGCAUUCCACAUGUACCAUGACACCCGUAUCCAUGCCUGUCUAUACUUCAUUGCACCAACUGGUCAUUCCCUCAAGUCAUUGGACCUGGUCACCAUGAAGAAGCUAGAUAGUAAGGUCAAUAUCAUCCCUGUCAUUGCUAAGGCUGAUACCGUCUCAAAGAGUGAACUUCAUAGAUUCAAAAUCAAGAUCAUGAGCGAGCUUGUGAGCAAUGGAGUUCAAAUCUACCAGUUUCCUACUGAUGAUGAAACUGUUGCAGAUCUCAACUCAACCAUGAAUGGCCAUCUUCCCUUUGCUGUAGUAGGAAGUACAGAAGAAGUGAAGAUGGGUAAUAAGAUGGUGAGAGCUAGGCAAUACCCAUGGGGAAUCGUUCAAGUUGAGAAUGAGAACCACUGUGACUUUGUGAAGCUUCGUGAGAUGCUGAUCAGGACUAACAUGGAAGAUCUGAUUGAACAAACACACACUCGUCACUAUGAGCUUUACAGGAGAUGUAAACUUGAGGAAAUGGGCUUUGUUGAUACUGCUGCUGACAAUAAACCAAUGAGCCUGCAACAAACAUAUGAGCUGAAGAGAGAGGAACACAUAAAGGCUCUGCAGAUCAAAGAAGAUAAGAUGAGACAAGUCUUUGUAGAACGUGUCAAGGUCAAAGAAGCACAACUCAAACAAAUGGAGAAAGAGCUCCAUGAACGGUUUGACAAGAUGAAGAAGGAGUACACCGAGGAGAAGAAGAAGCAAGAUGAACAGAGUCGUCUGUUGAAGGAAGAGAUCAACCUGUUCAAUCAGAAGAAGCAACAAGCUGCUGAUGAUGCUGCUCUACAUGCCUCUCAAACACUUCCUGCCAAGAGCAAGAAGAAGUGAGCUCAGAUCUUUGUGAUAUGAGAUUAAUUCACAGCAUUGUGGGAUUGAUUCUGGGAAACACACACAUACAAUGUCAUUUUAUACAAGAAGUCAGGUAUUAUGUACAGCCUUCCUAUUAUUGUUGGUUAGGGAUUCUGGACGUGAUGUGACAAGGGGCCCGUAAGACAAAGCUUAGUAAUGAUCAAAGUACAUUUAUCUACGAUUGAUUGCAUUGACUACAAUGUACAAUCAAUCGUGAAAAUCAAGCGUACAAUUGAUCGCUAAUCUUUGUGUUACAAGACCAUGGUCUCAAUUGGCGGGGGGGAGGGGAAUGGUUCUCUUUUUUUUUUAGACGUCUCCACCUUGUAACAUAAAGCUUAGCGAUUGAUCAUGGAACUGAUUUUAAUGAUCGAACAUACACAAUAAUCAAUGAAAUCAAUUGUUGAAAUGAGGCCCAUGAUCAAAUGCUAAACUUUUUUGUUACAGGGCCCGGGAUGAAGAUUUGCAGAAUUGGCGAUCUCACAUACAAACAUUCAUAACUGUUCCAUUUCUCUAGAUUUAUUUUAUCCUUUUCUCAAGUUCCCUCGGAUUGUAUUUCCCUUCAAUCAAAUGGGAUUGCAUAUCCAAAAUCACUCAGUAGGAAUUAAAAGAGUACUGUUAUUGGUCAAUAAUUGAAGGUGAAAACUGGAUGGUGUUGAAAAGCAAGUUGUUUUCUAUUAGUAGGUGAAAAUCGGAUUUAAUGGAUGCAGGUUUAUAUAAAGCACGCUUUAGUUUCUAUCUGUGUGAACAUAAUAUUUAUUACUUCUUAUUUACACAGAGUCCAUAUGAAAGUGUUGAAUUCAUGAAGAACUGUGAAAUAAAGGCCAGAAUUCGCAAAGGUGGUCUUGAAAACCGUCAGUUGAAUCCAUGGUUUUUAUGCAGAUUUACCAUAUAAAUGGGUUCAACCAGUGGUUUUGUAAACCACCUUUGUGAAUUAGGGCCAAAGUGUUUGAAGCAGGUCCUACCAGACCUAGGGGGUGUUGCAAGAAAAUAUUUGCAAUCAAUUGCAAAUAUUCUGUUGCAAUUUUACAACUGAUAAAGCAAUUUUAUCUGUAGCAAAUCAGAUUACACUCCAUGUUUCAAGAAGCAAAUCAGCAAUUAAUCACAAAUUUGCAAUUGCAAGAGUUUUGAUUGAUGUAGGGACCGAAAAAAGACUUGCGGUUGAUCGCAAGUUUCUUGCAACACCCCAUAGCAGACCUGCCAACCAGUACGUUUUAGCUGUAUUUAGUACGUUUUUGCAACCAAAAUACGGCAGUAUUUCAUAAAACGUACACAAAUAUGGUUAUUAGAUCAAUGUAAUUUCACUUAACUUGUUUUUUUUUUCAAUCAUUUUGUAAAAACCAGGGUGAGAUAUACACAAGUUUCAAUGGUUUUUUUUUUCAUCUGCAAGAGCAGUGCGCAUUUUAGCUUGCAUGCAGCUUGAGCGCCGUGAUGGGCGAGUGCGCCAUGCAUUUUAUUAUGAAAUACACUUUUUUGGGGGAAAAUACAUUUUUUUGUAUCACAGAAUACAGUUUUUCAUUCCCAGAGGUUGGCAGGUCUGCCAUAGUUAUGCUUCAUUGACAGAUGUUGCCGGGAAAACAGAAGGUAGCAAUUCUGCAAUGUGAUUCUUUUUUCACUUUUUAAGCAUAUUCAAUGUGUUUAUCAUUAAUAUUCUUAAGGAAAAGCGAAUAGAUUUAGGAAGAUAAAUUCAUGACAUUGGACCAAGCCGUUCUGAAUGUUGUAUGAGAUGUAUUUUGUUAACUGUCUCAUAUAUGCCACUCAAUCGAAAUAUAUUAAUGUAGUAUUAGAGGGUAUUCUUGUUCACAAUGUGUACAGGUUGUACAAGGUUUAUACAGUGUACAUAGAGUGUAUUAGAAGGAAAAUGAUCUUUUUCUACAUAUUCAAUCAGAUGUUCAAGAUAGACAAUAGAUGUAAUAAUCAGAGGAAAUAUAUUUUCUGGUAAUUUUUGUCAAUGACAUCUUCGAAGUAAGACUGCACUUAUUGUAUGAUGUAAAACUGAAGGAAAUUAGGGAUUUCAUGAGAAAUCAUCCGUAAUUUCAGCAUCAAAAUCACAGAAAAGUAGAUCAGAAAAAUGCCUAGUGUAACUUUGCUGAAGGUAUGAAUGUUACAUAUCCAUUUAUCAUUUCAAGAGCAAUUUUCUUUUCAUUUCACACAGCCCUGUCACAAUUAUAGUUGCCUUAUAAUGUGAAUAUACAGGUUUGGAUACAAUUGUAAUGUUUUUUUAGCGAUACUAUAAUCGAUAUGAUAUUUCCCACCAAGCCAUGAGUUCAUUGAGUUGUAACCAUGUUCUUGUGCUGCACUGACAUGUUAUUCCUUACAUAAUCAUAUAUUUAUCAUUUUAAUAUUUCAUUGUAAAUUUAUGUAUUUGCUAAUUGCUAAUCAUUACUAACAACCAUAUACAUAUAGUAUAGUGUACAAUAUAGAUUUUUCUCACAAUUAUGAUUGAGUCAAAUUUAAAUCAAUUUAUGAGGAAAUGAUUGCAUAGAAAGAUUUAGUAAUCAGGAAGUGGGAUCAGAUUUAGAAAUUAAAAAAAAUGAAGGUUUGCAUGAAGAAAAGGAGCAUGUGAAUAUUGAUCAAGAAUGCAAACUUAGCUCUUCCAUUUUUAUUGUCUAUGAAUAUUUAAAGUGUAAUGACGUCAUACAAAAUAUUAUUUUGUAGAUUUGGUAAACCUUUUUUUUUAUUUUCAUUGGUGCUAUGAUAUACAAAAUAGCAUACAUGGAAAUCCCAAUGCAGCCAGAAGUUAAUAAUAGAAAGUGAUAGCAUACAUACUAUAUAUGUGAACUGUAUCACUAAUCUAAUUUGUAUAUAUUAUUAUUUGUCAUGUUUUUUUAGUUUGUGCAAAUGUAUUUAUGUAUGUCAUUUAUGCUACUCUUACUUUUUAAAACAUCAUAUUAUGCAAGUAUUUAUUUUCUGUUAGCUCUAACAAAAUACCAUGUAAGGCCAUUGAUUUCUAUCUCUGUUCCUUUUUUAUUCUGUUUUGGUUCUAACUAUUGGUUUGUUCAAAGUCAGGGGCGUAAUUUUGAUCAUGCUGUUUGGAAGGUUUAUCAACGUGAAGUGUAUGAAUCAGAGGUUUUGAACAUUAUAUGAUCAAAUUGGGAAUUAAAAUGGGACUCAUGUUUGUAACGUUUUAUUGUAAAAUUAUUUGGAUGGGACUGUCAAAAUUCCUGAAGUUGAAAGUAGUAUCUGACCCUUUGAAAAUUUGAAUUGUUAAAUCGCCAUAGUUUUCAUAAUGGGAAUUAGCCUUGUUUUAAUUGUAUUUUGAAAGUCCUAUGAUGAAAUUAUUUUUCAACCCAGAGCAUUUCUAUGGAGAAAACAUGUUUAUUAAUUUAGAAUGUUGCAUUUGCUUAUUCUGUCAGAUAUAGAAGUUAGUGAAAACCCUGAAAUACCCAAAAUGCACUGGCAAAGAACAAAAAAGGUCAUAGUUCUUUUAAAAGUCUGGAUUUGUAUCCUUAUAUAUCUAACCUACAUGUAGAAUAGAAAACUUUAUUAACUCUUUGUUUUGAAGAAAGAUGUUUGUAUGCUGCUCCUGUAAAUGGACAGGAGUGAAAUAUUUAUGAAUAAAACUCAAUAAUGACAAAA